UGUGGGUAAUUCCUCGUGGUGGUUCAGCUGAUCUUCUUGUGCGCUUGUUUGGUUGGAGGUAGACGUGUGAGUCGGGCCGUGGCCACGUGCUCUGCUUAUUUUCACACGUUAUAACUCAAAGUUGUUUGUAUUAAUGCGUGAUUUCAGCUUUACUUCAUAAGUUACUUAUGGAAUGUGAAGAUUUGCUCAGCAUUGCAGCAGAAAUGAGCUAACAGAGCUGUAAAACAAAUCAGCCACGUGAGAGCCAGCGGAUGUUGUGACGUGUUUGUGUCACGACUGUUUAUUCAACAUGGAUUAUAAAUUCCCUAAUCAGCUUUUCCCAUAUUAUUAUCUGAACGGACCUCCGAGUUUAGACUCGAAGCAUGAUUACGGAGGCUGGGGCGCUUAUGGACAGGUGCUGGAGACCAGCAGAGAACCUUUUCAGAGUGAUGUAGAGGGAGAGACUCCAUUCCUGUUUCAGCCCCAGUGUAAGGUGGAUGGAGAGGUGUGGGUCCCUACUGAGCCGAUUGUAACACCACUUCUCCCUCCCUACCAAGAUACCAAGCUGUUAAUGGCUCGGCCUGUCAGUCCAGACGACUUCCCUGAACAUUUGAAGUAUUUCCAUGUGUAUCACUACAUGGAUUCAUUCUCAGUGAUGGGACAGCUGCUUGGAGAACACUUCACUUUUGCCAGUAGGCAUUGUAAGGAUGUUGCCAGUUUGGGUAAGAUGAAGUACUUUCUACGCAACCUGAAUUAUAAAGAUUGCGAGGUGCAGUGUUUAAAAAAUGUGAGCCGCUAUCACCACCUUCUGGGUGACAUUACCCCUGACAUUCCCUCCUCUCUCCUGGCUGAGCUUCUGCACGAGGAGUUGAUCCAUCAACAGGAAUUGGAACACUUCCAACCUGCCACAACUGGCGGUGCUCUCGCCAUCGUCUCAAACAUCACAUGUCAGAAUGAAGCCUUUCUGAUUUAUCCCAGUGGAGAUGCUCUAGACUCCAUCAAUUUUCACCCUAUGGAGCUGGAUUUCAGGAAAGAUAAACCUGCGGGUGUCACCAUGGCCGACAAGCCUCUGGUGGUUAAUCUGGAUGGAACAGUUAGGCAGGUCAGCGUGGCCCAGGUGAAUGAUGAAGCUUAUCUAGGCUUGCGUUCAGAUCAUUGCUGUGCAGCAUGGGAAAUGAAAGCCUCUAAUCAUCCUCGUUCUUUAGAGGUGGUGCAGCUGAAGCAACGAGCCACCAGUCUCAACGUCAGUCCUCAUGUUUCUGGAGAGUUUGUCGUAGCCAGCGAGAGUGGAGCAGCCUAUCUCUGGAUUGUGGGAAAGGGCCUGCAAAAGAUUCGGGAUGAAAAGAUGAACCUGUACUUCAAUGCCAAGUCACCAUGGCGAUGGUGUGAGUUCACGGCUCAUCCACGCGUGAUGGUUUAUGCUGAUGGGACUGGAGCUGAGCUUACAGACAUAAGGAGCAGUGAUUGUCGCACGUUGUUCCGGAUCAGUGGGGCAGCUGCUUGUAAGAGUGGAGAAAGAGUGGUCUUGGGCAAAUACCUGGCAGAAAGCCACGGAUUCCACCACCUCAUUACUACACAGUUCUCCGCAUACCUCCUGGAUGAGCGAAUGCCUUGUGUGCCUGCCCUGAAGUGGGAGCACAUGCUGGAGACACCUCCCUGUUUUGCCCAUGUUGUGCCAGCUUUGGGCCAAAGCAGCAGCUCUAAAAUCCUUCUGGGAGCCCAGAGAGCACAGGAGACUAGGAUGCUGCAGUAUUCUGGUGGAAGAGAACGGGCAUGCCAAGCAGAAGGUCCAAUUCAAAAACUGUACAGUCCGUGUGAGAGCCUGAAGAUUCAGCAGCUACCACACAGACGGCAGAAAGCACAAGAAAGGUUGGCCGCACGUGCCGCAGGCCUAACUGCAACACAGAACAAUGGCUUUCUGUGUGUGUUCCAGCUCACAGAGGCCGGGGAUAUUUUCUACCAGCUGCUAAGACAUUCUGAUCCAACCAACUCAGAGCCACAUCAGUCACACUCGGGUGAAGACAGCAACCUUGAAAAAGAGCAAAAUCAGCGUAUGCAGAGCCAAGUAGAACUGCUCGUCAAUGACAUUCAUGAGGAGAAUGACUCUGAUACUUCAGAUGAUGAUCAGAUGAAGAUCUCUAAAGAAGCAGGGAUUAACUCCAAAGCUGCUCAUGUUCUGGAAUCAUCCAUGCAUUUUGCUAAGAGUAAAAGUGGUCAUCCCCUGAGGCCAACGAUUCCCAAAAUGGCUAGCCGCAAUUUAAAAUUAAUCUGGAAAAAAUGGCUGGAAUCCCUCUUGACAAAAUCUAAAGGAAGCAAACGUAGCUUGAGGCACAGGAAAAUAAAGACCAGUGCUGUAUUACAGUGUGAAGUCAAACAAAGUGACAAGCUUGAGGAGGACAAGUUUAAGAGAUUGAGGAAAGACCAGGCAGAGAUCUUAAAGACCAAGAAGCUGCUUGUUCAUGGGGAAACAUACCUGCCUCCUCUAGAGGUGAUUCCAGUUCCAGAUGAGGUGGACCCCAAGGACUGGACAGAUGAUUUGAGUCAGCGCAUAAGUGCCUCGUGGAUGGAUGGUUGGAAUAACUGGUGGGAAGAAAAGCUGGGUCUAAACCGGGACGCCAAGAUUGAAGCCCUGAGAAGGAAACGCCGCCAGGCAAAGAGAGCCAAAGCCAGAAACAGAGUCUCACUUGCUUCAAGCUUCACUUCUUCCAUCAGCUACCAGGACGAUCUGUCUGAAUGGUCAUCAGCCACCAGUCAGUAUCUGAGUUCAGACACAGAGAGCGUCCAUACCUUUCAGAGUGCACCAGAGCUUGACGAUAUUUCUGAGCACGAGGUAUCAUCUAAAAACACAGUAGGGUUGAAAAGCCCUCAAAAAACAAAAAAAAGCUCUGAGAAGGAUAAAGCCUUUGGUACAGCCCGAUCUCCUCCAAGGGACGUCCAAAAACUGCCAAGCCAGGCUCCUACUAUGGAAAGCAACUCUGCACUUUUUUCUUCCUCAUUGUCCAGUUUGAAAGAGUCGCAUCAUGGCCAUCAAAAAAUAAGACGGUGGCAGCAGCAUCAGGACUACCGCAAUUCUCUCUUUGGCUCUUCUCAAGAACUUAAACAGAAUGACGAGGGCAGUACAUCAGCUGGUUCAAUUUCUACCAAACCAAGACCUUCCAGUUUACUUUUAUCGUCACAGGCUUCAUUGAGGACUUCUUCACAGGCUUCCCAGACUCGGAAAAAGAAGUCUCGAAUGGGAUUCUGAAUUUGUCCACUGCUUACCUCUCACUCCAGCAGUCUUCAGGGAUCGUGGGCAGCUCUGGUGCACUGCAGUAGCUGCUGUGCAGGUUCUGUGCCGUGCGCCGGGACACGAUCCACACCAGCUUCCUGUGAUUGGGUUUGGAGCAUGUAGGUGAAGAGUACUGCAACAGGCACUGGGCCACAAGGCCUCUCCAGAGCUGUAGCUCCGUCUCCGAGAUCUGCACAUACACGCAGUGGUGGUUACAUAACUAAAAGAGGUGCUUUGGGUGUAGUGUGUCGAUAGCUGAGGGUCAGGCUGUUACUGAGCAUGCCUGGAAUUCUUUAUCUCUCAAAGAAAGCAGGGCAGAUUUGUUUGACAGACCAAUACAGCUUGCAUAACCACUGAGGCCAAAUGUCAAACGCUUUACUAGCCUUUUUUUUUGUAUUUUUAUAAGUUUUAUAUCAUGGUGAUGACUCACUUAUGUCUAAACACAUGUUCUUGUAGUUCACAAAAUGUGCUGUGUAAAUAAACUGGCCAAAUAUUUGAAAUAA